AUCUAAUCCACCAGAUAUGAUCCCGACUCCCCCGUAGCAUUCACAUUACCAUUCAACGUUGCAACAUUUGCAAUUUUGCAUGGACUAGUCAUGCCAUCUCUCCAAAAAUCCUCGAGCUGGUUGAAUGUUUGCAACGCAGCUUGACUGUGGAACUUGGCAGUGGCUCGCUAAUAGCAUCAUGAUCACACUGUUCACUCCUUGCAGUUCCACACAGGCGUGUAGUCGCAUGGUUCGAGCACUCAUAUUAGGCAUCUCGCGUUCCCAUCUCAGCAUAUCGCAAUGCGAGACAAUGGAGCAUACGGCGCAUAAUCGAGGUGGAUUAUAUGGUUCUUGCCGCAUUCGCAUUAUUCUAUGAAACCUCUCGUGAUAACGCACAUAAAUGCUGUAUCGCUUCUCGGAUAGACUGCUACUCAGAUAACCCAAGUGCAAAAUUCGGCGAGGCCCUCCGUGCACAAGUAGAGGAGCGCCUCAACUUCUUCGAGACUGGUGCACCACGGACCAAGAACGUCGAUGCUAUCUGCAAGGUCCUCGACAGCCUCGCAUUGGACUUGAUGGAGGAUGACGAAGGAUAUGGAUGAUAAACCAGAUGCUGAGAUGGAUGAUGUUGAGCCUAUAUUGCCCUUGAUUGAAGUCACUCAAGAAGAACAAGAAAAAGAAGAGGUCGAGAGAUCGAUGUGGAUCAUCGAGGCGGACGAGUAGCCUGUAGAGAAGAAGGCGAGGCUGUCGAAGGGAGAGAAGAAGGCAG